AUGGGCUGUGCAUCUGGACAGUCUGACGUUUUAAAACAAGUGUUGGGGGUCAUUGAUAAGAAAGUCCGCAACAUGGAAAAGAAAAAGGGCAAACUGGAUGACUAUCAAGUCCGAAAGGACAAAGGAGAGAGUCUGAAUCAGGACCAGCUGGAAGCACUCGCGAAAUAUCAGGAAAUCCAAAAUAACUUGGAAUUUGGUCGCGAUUUGCAGAAGAUGUUUAUUCAGCUGGGACAAGAUAUUCAGAAGGCUGUAAAGAAGACCUCACGGCGGGAGCAGCUGCUGCGUGAGGAGGCCGAGCAGAGACGACUGAAGACCAUUUUGGAGCUGCAGUUUCUCUUGGACCGACUCGGAGACGACACGGUCAGGCAGGACCUCAAACAGGGAUUGGGAGGUUCUCCAUUGCUCACAGACACGGACCUCACGGCUCUAGAUGAGUUUUACAAACUGGUGGGGCCGGACAGGGAUCAAAAUGUCAGAUUGUUUGACCAGUAUGAGGAAGCAUCGGUUCACCUCUGGGACCUGCUGGAAGGACGAGAUAAAGCCGUGGUUGGUACAACAUACAAGGCGCUGAAGGAGACUCUGGAUCAGGUUCUUUUAAGUGGAUACUUUGACAGAGUUCAAUCUCAUCAAAAUGGAGUUUGUGAAGAGGAAGAGGAGGAAGAACCCAUUGCAGCUGCAGCAGUCACUGAAUCUUCAGAAGUAGAGGAGCCCCCAGUGGAUCCAGAAGCAGAAAUGAUCGAAGAGUUCACAGAGCCAGUUUCAGUUGAAACAACAGAGUUUGUAAACAGACAGUUCAUUCCAGACGCUGCAUACAGCAGUAGUGACAAGGAGCAGGGGGACGAGUGGACCACUGAUUCAGAGACAGUGGGUGUGAUGCAGGCGCCGCCCGUGGUGCAGUCCACUCCUUCACCUGUUCCCCUGGAGACGCACCCCCUGAGUUUAGCCCCUCCGGCUCCACAAGCCGACCCGAUGGCCAGAAAGCAGGUGGUGCAGGACCUGAUGGCACAAAUGCAGGGGACGUACGACUUUAUGCAGGACUCUAUGCUGGAGUUUGACGGACACUCCAUCGAUCCUGCCAUCGUUUCAGCCCAGCCAAUGAAGCCUGCACAAAACAUUGACAUGCCACAGAUGGUUUGUUCUUCGGUUCACCCAGAAUCUCGACUAACGCAGCCAAACACAGUUCCUGUUCCGCCUGAGCCAUCGCAAGUUCCUAUUGUCUCUGCAACGCCACCCCCUAUGUACCAGUCCCCACACACGACAGAUUCCCACGCCUCUGCAGAGACGAUUGAAAUCCAGGACUCCAUCUCGUUGUCUUCGGACCAGCCGCCCCCUUCCGCAGCACUAAGCCCCGCCUCCCAAACACAGGUUUUUCAGCCAGUCGCCAAAGCACCUCACAGCGGUGGCAUCAAUGUCAACGCUGCACCAUUCCAGUCAAUGCAAACAGUGUUCAACCUCAAUGCCCCUGUCCCUCCUGCAAAUGAGACGGAGGCAUUAAACCAGGCCAAUCAGUACCAAAACUCCUACAGCCAGUCCUUCAACAGCCAGUCGCAGCAUCCUGUGGAGCAGGCGGAGAUGCAGGCUGAGCAGCUGCAGUCUGUUGGGGCGUUCCAGGACCAAUCAGGGGCUCACCCGCAGCAGUCGCAGCAGGGCUUUGGGAGGCAGGGCCAGUCCUUCUACAACAGCAGAGGCAUGUCCCGCGGAGGCCCACGCAACGCUCGAGGCAUGGUCAACGGCUACAGAGGCUCAUCCAAUGGCUUCAGAGGCGGCUAUGAUGGGUACCGUCCUCCCUUCACCAACACUCCAAACUCUGGCUAUGGACAAACACAGUUCAACACACCACGGGACUACUCUAACGGAAACUACCAGAGGGAUGGUUACCAACAGAAUUACAAGCGUGGAACUGGGCAGGGCUCCAGAGGUGUUUCGAGAGGCAGCACUCAGGCCAUGCGCUCCUGA